ACUCUCUCAGAGGUCUCUGCUCGGAACAUGGAGCUGCAGACUCACCUGACCCGAAUUCACUCCCUGUCCAUCUCGUCGGACUCCACCAUCGCGUCCUUUGUGUCUGUGAGCCAAGAGGAGCAGGUCUCCCCUGGCGUCGGUGGGCGGUCUCUAAAGCAGCAGGGCUCCAGUGACAGCUCGGCGUCUCUGUCGGACUCCCACACCGAGUUCUUCGACGCCAACGAGGUCGUCAUCUGCGGCAGCUCCUCGGAGAAUGAUGCCUCCGACGCAGAGUCCUGUGUGAGUAACGUGACCUACAGCAACUCCGACGAGCAGCUCGACUGCAGGGAAGGAGCCGCGACCCUUGGGAAAGUGACUGUUCCCAGCGCUACCAGCUUACCAAGCAGGGCUGCCCAGAACACUGGCCGACGGACCUGCCUCCCGGCCCCCGGCCCCAACACCAGCAACAUCAGCCUGUGGAACAUCAUGCGCAACAACAUCGGGAAGGACCUGUCCCGCGUCUCCAUGCCAGUGCAGCUGAAUGAGCCCCUGGGCACACUGCAGAGACUGUGUGAGGAGCUGGAGUACUCAGAGCUGCUGGACACUGCAAACCAGAGACAGGACCCCUUUGAGAGGAUGGUGUACGUCGCUGCGUUCGCGAUCUCGGCCUACGCCUCUGCAUAUCACCGGUCCGGCAGUAAGCCCUUCAACCCGGUUCUUGGGGAGACUUACGAGUGCGAGCGAGAGGACAAGGGCCUCCGAUUCACCAGUGAGCAGGUCAGCCAUCACCCUCCAGUCUCUGUGUGUCAAGCUGAGUCUGACAACUUCAUCUUUUGGCAAGAUGUCAGGUGGAAAAACAAAUUCUGGGGAAAGUCGCUGGAGAUCGUUCCAGUAGGCAUGGUGAACGUCACUCUUACAAAGUUCGGAGACCACUACGAGUGGAACAAGGUGACCUCCUGCAUUCACAACAUCCUGAGCGGCCAGCGCUGGAUCGAGCACUACGGGGAGGUGGUGAUCCGAAACAACAAGAGCAGCAUCUGCCAGUGCAAGAUCACCUUCUGCAAGUCUAAGUACUGGAGCUCUAAUAUGAAUGAGGUGCAGGGGGCUGUGCUGGACGAGGCUGGCACAGUGAUCCAUCGACUCGGGGGCCGCUGGCACGAGGGCAUCUACUGCGGGACCCCUCCCAAGACACACUGCAUCUGGAAACCAAACCCCAUGCCUGCGGACUUUGACCGCUAUUACGGCUUCACGCGGUACGCCCUGGAGCUGAAUGAGCUGAGCCCAGAGCUGAAGCAGCUGCUGCCUCCCACCGACACGCGGCUCCGACCCGACCAGAGGUACCUGGAGGAGGGAAAUGUGGAGGCCGCAGAGACUGAGAAGCAGCGGGUGGAGCAGCUGCAGAGAGAACGUCGCAAAGUCCUGGAGGAGAAUGGACUGCCGUACCAGCCACGCUUCUUCACGAGAACAGUGGACGCCAGUGGUAAGGAGUUCUGGUUUAGCAACAGGACAUACUGGAAAGUUAGGAAGGACCCGGGAUUUUCAAAAAUGGACAACGCUGUUCUGUGGUGACAGUGAUCCAUGUGAUCGAGCCACAGGCACACAACCUCGGAACGUUUCUACUCUUGGGGGGGGGGGGAGAUACCUACAGAAACCAGUCUGGAACUGGCUCUUAAGAAGAAUAACUGUGUAUUAUAGCAAAUAUUAUGAAAUAAUAACAAUGUACUAAAAAAAAUAUAUAUAUAAAAAAAACAAACAACAAAGAGCUAUUACAAAAUGACAUUUUAAAGUUUUAAUAUGUAUCCUGUACCAUUGAAUAGGGAUUCAGUACUGUAAAAAAAAAAAAAAAAAAAAAAAAAAUUCAAACCGAACAGAUUUUGCACACCUGAAUUUUUCUGGAUUCGUUUAGAUUUGUGUGUGCGUGUGUUUGUGUGUUUUAAGGAUACAGACAACGUAGCGAUAAUUAAGCACAAAGUUUUGACAGAAAAUAUCAGUGACAUGCCUUGUCUAUGCAUUAGGAAGUAUUAGAGAAAAUGAAUAUUAAGCAGACUAGCGUUUUCGCUAGUGCCAUCGUUGGUACUCUGUUCAGGACACAGCACUUGUCUACUUUGCUAAACCUUGUACUUUUUUUUUUUUUAAGUUUCACAGGCUCUGAUUCAACUGAAAUUAUAGCGCCGCUGUCUGUAUGGCGGCAUUAAAGAAAAAAAAAGUACAAAAAACAAACAAGCAAUAUAAUUGAUGUUCAGCUGUAAUUUUAUUAGUCUGUCAUCAUUGUCGUUCUCAGUUCAUCACGGUUUAUUAUUUGAAAAUACAAACACAG